AUGCAAUUAGACAUUAAGGGCAAGUACACCAGGCUGAACGACCCCCAUUUUUUUGCCAAGAGGGAAUUCUCCUUUACUUGUAAGAAGAAUGACCAAGGGAAAGAAGAAAUCUACAUGAGGUGGCUGUCCUUUAACAACUCGGAGGAAUUCAAGGACAAACUGCUAUCCAACUUUGUGCCGAUCAAAUUUGAUAUCGGUGCAGUGUACAACUACCCAGUUUAUCAGAAGGAUCAAAAAGGGGACAUAUUUCACCCCGUUCAAAAGGAACUUAUAUUCGAUAUCGAUAUGAACGACUAUGACGACAUCAGAACUUGCUGUAACGACAAGAAGUUCUUAACAAUAGCAAUUGUACUUCUCGACACGGCACUGCGCGAAGAUUUUGCGCUUCAAAACAUUUUGUGGGUUUACUCAGGAAGAAGAGGAAUACAUUGCUGGGUUUGUGACGAAUCUUGCCGUCACUACACAACUGAUGCCAGAGCUGCCCUCGCAGACUAUUUGAACAUCCUAUCGGGUUCGGAUACAAAGAAGAAGAAGGUUUCCAUAUGGGGCAAGGAAAAAUAUCCAAUGAUUGAGAGGGCCUUUGAAAUCUGCUACAAGUACUUCGAAAUCCUGAUGGAAGAACAGGACUUCUUCAAGAAGGGGUCUCCCCACGUAAACAAGAUAAUCGAUUACCUACCCUACGCAACGGCCAAGAAUGUGGACCCUGUGAAGAGCGCCAAAAUUAACGAAUUCAAAGAGUUUAUCGAUAACAACAACUUCAACUCGAAGGAACUUUUCGAAAAAUUGAGCUCAAUCUAUGGCUUCCUAACCCCCGGCAAUUACUUUAAGAAGAAAGAUUCGAAUGCGAAUUUAAUUAUUCCCUCAUACAUCAAAGAACUGGUUUUUCAUUUCACGUACCCACGACUUGAUAUUAACGUUAGCAAAGAAAUAAACCACCUGCUCAAAAGCCCCUUUUGUAUUCACAACGGCACAGAAUUACUGAGGGAACAAUUUGACGACCCACAAAAUGCCCACGUUGACCCUGAAUAUAGAACAUCUCUGAAGCUAUAUGUCGAUUACUUUCGUCAGAAUUUUUUGGAAAACAUCUUGUUAUCAUGCGCGGACAAAAGGAAAAGUAAAAGGGUUACCUGCGAUUCUUCGCAUGGCUGUUCGAGUGACCCACCGUAG